AUGCCUCCAAUACGUGUUACAUUCACCAUCCCAACUGGAGAAGAAAAAACCUACACAGUACCAUAUAAACCAUUAUCACCAACUGUGGUCACCCAGAACUUCAUUUUAGAUGGUGACAAAAAGGUCAGAAAGAGUCUGGGGAACCGACAUGUCUCCUUCAAAACCGUUCCGUCCAUGUUGAUACCCAGAGUAAGAGUUAGAGAAGACAACGAUUUUAUGGAUCUGUCUGAUUUAGUGAUACCCGAUGAUGAUUUGAAGGCAAUUCACUUAGCAGCUCUAUAUCCAUCAAUACUCAAUCACCAAUCUAAAACCCGAGGAGAUUCAGUCAGAGGCAGACGACUGGGUGGUAGAAGAGUGACAUUUAGUGACAUCAUCUGUGUUUGCGGAUCAGAUUCGGAAACUGAAUCCAUCUGGUCUUUAUCAUCUAGUGGAUUUGGAAGCAGCUGUUCACCACCACCAUACUUAGAAUCGUUUGGAUCAACACUUCCGGAUAUAACGGUCACUCAAAAACGACUUUCAUCAGCAUAUUUAGGUUCUGAUGAUCAUCAGCAUCACGGGAGAAGGUGCAGUUUGUGUCAUGAAUUAGAAGAUCCGAGACAAAGGGUAGUCAAAUAUUUUGGAAGCGUUAAUCAGUUUUUGAAUUGGAUAUUUUCAAAGUGGGGAAAGGGCUUUAAUCCCCAAUCUUAA